AAAAGAAGAGUGUAGAAAUACAUUAAAUUCUUAAAUUUGAAAUUUGGUAGAUCUGUUAGCUAUUAAAUGAUAUUAAAACUACCGAACAAAUUAAAAACACUUAACAAUUUAAAAACGGACAAUAUAAUGAGAAACGUUAAAAAUAAAAAUGAAGAAAAUUACUAAACAAAGUUUCAAGACUUCGGAGUUUCGACAAUGGUUUCGAUUUGGACGAAAAAAAAGUCUCGGAUUAAAAUUCGUGCAAUUGUUUAAAAUACAUCAGCGUUGGCCGCCACGUUCGAGCUAACGCACGCGCGGAAGCGAAACGGACAUUAACCUCCGCUGAUCCCAGCUGAUCGCGACGACGCGCGUGAAGGCCGAAAAACUAUUUUGUAAUGUUUUAAAGCGCUUUUAACUGAAAAUUUUGUCACGUAUUACCGUCCUCGCGUUCAUCCCACGGACGAAUAAUACUAUGACGAUGUCAGCUACAAGGAGACAAAUGUCUGAGAAACAGAGGCUGAAGAAGAUGAGCAAGGCGCAGCUGCAGCUGGCCGUGAUAAAAAAGCAGCAGUGCGACGCGAAAGCUCUCGCGAUAGUUGUGCAGCUUCUGGAACCGCACGUGGAUCCCGACUGGUUCCUUCCGAAUCUGGGACUCAUAAGCAAGAGCCACAUGGAAGACGUGAUAGAGGAGAGAGCGAUAGUAAAGCUGUGCAGUUACGUUCUCUGUUCGAACCAACUGACUGUCGUUAUCCGACAGAAGUAUCACAUAUCGACGCGUAAUAAUAAAGUGUACGACGUCAGCAAACGGAAGAACUUUUGCAGCUCGUUGUGCUACAGGGCGGCCAAUUAUCUUCUGGAGCAGAUGCUUGAGAGUCCACUGUGGAUGAGAGAUAAAGAGGAUAUACCGGUCUUUCAGAUUCUGCCUCUGAGUUCUAAAUCUACACAGUGCAGGGACGAGAUCGACGUUGCUGCUAAAGAGAUUUUUUUAUAGCUACUUUUUAGCAAUAAAAGUUAUAUACAUAAAAAAUGUGAUUACAAAGUGGUUAUAAAAUUGUGCAAGACAUUUAAAUAAUCUAGACAGAAUAUACAAUAAUUAAUUAUAUUUUCAAACAAUAUUUUACGUGAAGUUAAAUAUA